AUGGACCACAGUGCCGAUGCACUUCGAACGGACUUGAUGACCAUAACGCGCUUCGUGCUGAACGAGCAAUCCAAGCACCCUGAGUCACGCGGCGAUUUCACCAUCCUUCUCAAUCACAUUGUUCUCGGUUGCAAGUUCGUUUGCUCAGCGGUCAACAAGGCUGGACUUGCUAAACUUAUUGGACUCGCUGGAGAGACCAAUGUUCAGGGUGAAGAGCAGAAGAAACUGGAUGUUCUUUCCAAUGAGGUUUUCAUCAAGGCUCUCGUCAGCAGUGGCCGAACAUGCAUCCUGGUUUCUGAAGAAGACGAAGACGCGAUAAUCGUGGAGCCAUCCAAGCGUGGAAAGUACUGUGUUGUUUUUGACCCCUUGGAUGGUUCGUCUAACAUUGAUUGUGGGGUUUCCAUUGGCACAAUUUUUGGAAUUUACGCGUUGACAGAUGUUCAUGAACCAACCAUAGACGAUGUCCUGCUUCCUGGCAAGAAAAUGGUUGCAGCUGGUUAUUGUAUGUAUGGAAGCUCUUGCACGCUUGUGUUAAGCACUGGAGCUGGCGUUCAUGGUUUCACCCUUGACCCAUCUCUUGGUGAGUUCAUCCUAACUCACCCUGACAUUCAGAUUCCAAAGAAAGGAAAGAUUUAUUCAGUGAAUGAAGGCAAUGCCAAAAACUGGGAUGGUCCUACUACAGCUUACGUUCAAAAAUGCAAGUUUCCAGAAGAUGGUUCAUCGCCAAAGUCUCUAAGAUAUAUUGGAAGCAUGGUAGCUGAUGUUCAUCGUACAUUGCUUUACGGAGGCAUCUUUUUGUACCCUGCUGAUAAGAAAAGUCCAAAUGGAAAACUUCGUGUUCUGUAUGAAGUCUUCCCAAUGUCAUUCUUGAUGGAACAGGCAGGAGGACAGGCCUUCACGGGCAAGGAACGGGCACUUGAUUUAGUUCCUACGAAGUUGCACGAGCGAUCUCCAGUAUUCCUUGGAAGCUAUGAUGAUAUUGAGGAAAUCAAAGCGCUUUAUGCUGCUGAGGCUAAAGAAGAAUGA